AUGGCAACCGAAGAGAGCAACGUCACUUAUGAGCAAUUGGCGGACAUCGAGCGCGAGUUCGAAGAUGUCGAACUCGAGAUCACUCGCCAGCAGGCAGUCAUGACCAAAUCUCUGUAUGAGAAGAGACAGAAGACAGUGGCCGAUAUUGCGAAUUUCUGGCCGCUGGUAUUCGAGAAUCCGCCUCAAGAGGUAGAUCAAUACAUCCAGGUCACCGACUCGGAAGUCAUUGCUUCUUCCUUAAAGUCCUUCUGGGUUUCGCGAUUUGAGGUCGAGGACGGUAGCAAGGGUGACCCUCGCAGCAUCUCGAUCAAAUUUGAGUUUAAGGAGAACGAGUAUUUUGAGGACACAAUUCUUGAAAAGAAGUUCUGGUACCGUCAAUCCAAAGAUGACAACUUUGCCGGCCUUGUCAGCGAGCCUGUCCCCAUCAAGUGGAAGCCCAAGAAGGACUUGACGGAUGGUCUUCUCGAUAUGGCCGUAACUGUUUAUGAGCAAGAGAAGAAGAGUGGUAAGACCGGUAUCCCCAAAACCAAAGACUUCACGCCAGAGCAGAAGGCGCUGCAGAAAAAGAUUCAGAGUACCGGCAUGGGUGGAAUUAGCUUCUUCGCCUUCUUUGGGUACCGCGGCUACCCUGUCUCCGCCGAGGAAGAUAAGGAGGCCCGUCAAAAGGAACAGGAGCAGCGACGCCUGAGGACUGAAGGAAAGGCCACAGAUGAGGAUGAGGAUGAAAUUCCUGAUCUAGUGGAAGCGGACGAGGACGAGGGCGAUGAGGAGAUCCUCGAGAUCUUUACUGACGGCGAAGAGCUUGCCAUUGCCAUUGCAGAGGAUUUGUGGCCAAGCGCUAUUAAGUACUUUACAAAUGCUCAGGAGCAAGAUGGCCUUAGUGAGCUUGACUUCGAGGAGCUGGAAGGUGAGCUUGAAGAUGAAGAAGAGGAAGAUGAGGAAGAGCCACCCGCGAAGAAGCGCAAGGCUUAG